AAAACAUUCACUCACCAAACUUUGAAAACAUUGAAGCUGAGAGCACUAAAAUCCCAACUACCACACUCCUGUUCUCAUGUCAUCAGCUUUUAUGAUCACAACAGUUUCUCCUCAAUUCGUCUAAAACAAGUGUUCAGUCAAAGAGAGGCGUGGCAGAUUUUGCCUUUUUAACUCUGUUAGUGAUUUUUCCCUGAAAUAAUCACGAGUUAAAUUCCACUUCAUUUUGGUGAAAGUGGGUCCUUUUUUUCUUGAUUUUCUACUAGUUUCUUGAUUUUUGACACAUUUUAGCUGUCAAAAAUUCAAUCUUGAUAUACUGAUUUUGCACAUUCGACCGAUUGAACAUUUUUCUUUUUUCUUUGACUGAUGAAUCAUUUUUUAAAUUGAUGCCAUUGCUUGAGCAGUUCUUUGUUGGGAAGAUAUUAGACAAAAGGGAUCAUGAAUUCAUGAUGUUUUAUGUUUGUAUCAUGUUUAUUGGUUGGACUUUGAUUGUGAAGGAUGGAGAUAGCUGGGGUUUUUUCACAGUUAAUAGUUAGAUUUCUGAUUGAUUAAAUUGACUGGAAUUUUGAAGUUCAGGAAGAAUGCUGUCUCUAUUUUAUUGUGCUUGAAGUAUGUAAGGAUAAAAUGUACAAUAAAUUACCAAUCUUCUGAUUAUUUGGAAUGAACUAUGUUCCUGAUUUGUGUUAGAUUGUGCAUCUAUUGAUAGUUGUUUUUGUUUCCAUGGCAUUGUUUUGCACAGAAUAACUGCUUAGCUUGUUGCUAGUCCUGUUUAUUGAGAGGAAACAACUCUCUAUGGUACAUUUGUUCCUUGCGCGUAGAUGUAAGUAAAGAAUAUUAGAAUGGCGUAUCAAGACUCGUAAUUUACUUUUUCUUGUGUUAUGCGUACUAAUUUCCCAACCGAUCCUUUGAACAUAUUGAAGCUAUGCCAUGUGAUUGUUCUUCAGUCUUUCUUGGAUUUAGACUGCAUUGUACAGCCGGCAAACGUGGUCUAAUGUCACUCUAUGCUAUAUGUAUUUUGUAGUUUAGUGUCUUUGUUAUAGAUACUUAUGUAUACACAUAUAUACUUACAUAUUCCCUCGAUUUGUGAACUCUGCUUGGGCUUAAACCUUCUAAAAACUGUAGGUGUUUCCUCUCUUAUCUGGUUGAGUAAAGCCGGUAUAAUUUCAAUGGCACAAGUGGCUGUGAAUCCAGAUGAAGAGGUCGUUCUAGGUGAGGAAGUCGGCCAUGUAAGAGUGAUCACCUUGAACCAGCCUCGACGAUUGAAUGUUAUUUCAUUUGAAGUGGUUGAGUUGCUGGCGAGGCUAAUGGAGAAGUGGGAGAAAGACGACGACGCAGAACUUAUACUAAUCAAGGGAUCUGGCCGGGCUUUCUCGGCUGGCGGGGAUCUUAAAAUGUUUUAUGAUGGAAGAAUGUCAAAGGAUCCGAGCCUUGAAGUGGUGUACCGAAUGUAUUGGCUAUGUUACCACAUCCAUACAUAUAAGAAAACACAGGUUGCUCUAGUUCAUGGGAUUUCCAUGGGUGGAGGUGCAUCAUUGAUGGUCCCAAUGAAGUUCUCUGUCGUCACAGAAAAAACCGUUUUUGCAACUCCGGAGGCAAGCAUUGGAUUUCAUACUGAUUGUAGUUUUUCGUACAUCCUCUCGCGCCUCCCCGGCCAUCUAGGGGAGUUUUUGGGCUUGACUGGGGCUAGGCUGAACGGCGCAGAAUUGGUUUCAGCAGGGCUUGCAACUCAUAUCGUCCCCUCCGAGAAACUCCCGGAGCUACAGAGUCGUUUGUUGAGUCUAAACAGUGGUGACGAGCAUGCUGUGAAAUCUGCGAUCGAGGAAUUCUCCACGAGUGUUGAGAUUGAUGAACAAAGUGUCCUGAACAAGAAAGCAAUCAUCGAUGAGUGCUUUGCCAAGGAUUCUGUAGAGGAGAUCUUAAUAUCAUUUGAAGCUGAGGCGAGCAAAGAAGGAAAUGGCUGGAUCGCGCCGUUCCUGAAAGGCCUUAAGAGAUCAUCACCAACAGCAUUAAGGAUAACACUACAGUCGAUUCGCGAAGGGAGGAAGCAAACACUGGCCGAGAGCAUGAAGAAAGAGUUCAGGAUCACGAUGAACAUUCUUCGAACUGUGAUAUCCGGUGAUGUUUACGAGGGUAUUAGAGCUGUUACCAUUGACAAGGACAAUGCACCCAAGUGGGACCCACCGACCCUUGAUGCCGUUGAGGCAGAGAAGAUCGAGCAGGUAUUCCAGCCGUUCGAAGAGGAUUUGGAGCUCAAUAUUCCAACAGGAGAUGAAUUCAGGUGGCAAGGAAAAUACGAAGAUUCGCCAUAUGCAUCCUCCAAGUAAAGGAGAGGUGCUUUGCAUUUCACAACUUGAAAGAGUCUGAAGAAUCCAACAACAGAAGAUGUCGUUCUUGUUUUGUUUUAUUUUGUUUUGUUUUGUCUGUAUAUCAGUAUUAUCUUGUCUAGCAUACCGAAUGCCACCAUUGACUAAUGGUUGCCGGCCCAAAUGGGUAGCCCAAUUCCUUAUUUGGGCCGGCCCAUUGGGUUUGAACUGAAUUGAGAUUCCUAGUUGUCUCAUCAUAAGAAGAUAUUCUUGGAAA